AUGGUGUCAGCAAGACCAUUGCGAAGAGCAGGCGCAGCUUUUCCGGGAGGCGACGAGCCAGAGUUAAAGCCCUACGCGCCGCCGCCUGGAACGCGUUCUCCGGUCCGCCCUCUCGCGUACUCCUUCCACGUCCGCGACCCCCGGCACGGCCUCCGCGCAUCCGCGGAUUGGCCGCGGCCAGUAGUGGACUCCCUCUACUCGCUGCACCCGCGCUCUGGCGCGACCUUGCGUCCUCGAUCGCCUGCUGUCGACAUGUUCGCCGUGGUGGCGACUGAAGCGGAGAAGUCAGCGGUGGACCAGGGCCUUCCGCACGAAGUUCCGGUGUCCGGCGCGCCGGUUCCCGUUGCGCAGCCGUCGCUCGUGGCGCAGCCGCCCGCCCAAGCUGUCGCUGGAGGCCCUGCGCCGGGGACAGCGGUGGGCGCCGGCCCCGAUUCUGCCCACUUGGCUGCCCCUUCGGCUGCGCCGGUGAAUCCCGUCGCGCAGCGGCUCGCGGAGUCCCAGAUACGCGCUGCCGCGGGGGGCAAUGCGGUAGCGCAUCGGGGGCGAGGUUCUCCUCGGCGUCGCCCCUCGUCGUCAUACCGUUCGGCGCACCGCGGAGGCCGCGGUGGCUGGUGGGGAGGUCACGGUCGCGGGCGCGAUGGGCCGAGCGAGAUGCAGCAGCUCCGAGAGGAUUUCUUGGGGAUGCUGGCUGCGGCGAUGCGCAACGCCCUGAAUGGCGCGCCGAAUCUUGGUAGCUCCCCGGCUCCCGCCGCUCCUGCGCCCGCGCCUGCUCCUGUGAAUGCGCAGGUCCCGGCCGCGCCCCUUGCUGCACCUGCUCCGCACGCAUCUGCAUACCCGCGGGCUCCUGCUCUUGGCGGUGACCGUGCUCCGCCUGCCUACGUUCGUCCUGUGUCUGCCUCGCAGUAUCCGUCCCUGCCCUGGAUUCCCCCUCUUCCGGACACGGGAUUUGUGGGAGCGGGAGGCGGAGGGGCGAGGGGAGCCUUCGUUCAGCCGCGUCGUGUUGCGGAUGCUCCGUCCGUGCAGCCUCCGCCCCCUCUUCCCGUUCCGCCUGCCGCGAUGAGGACUGGGGUGGCUCAAGGUCCCACGGCGACCCUAGCGCAGCUGUGGCGGUUGGUGGAGUGCCAGCAGGCCCUGACACUGAUUCUGGUGAAUGCGCACUUCGCCAUUCUCCAGAGCCCAGGGAGCACUCUCGGUCGUGAGGCGCGAGGAGAUUGCUUGGCGGCGGCUGCGCAACUUGCCUUCCUCCUCCUACCCUUGCUGGGAGCGCCCGCGAUGGGAGGCGUUGCGGUUUCAGAACUGGACGAAACGGUCCGGGGUCUGACCGCACACCUCCAAGCUGGUGGCGGGAUUGAAGCCGUAGGCGCGACCGCGUUAGUGGUCCAGCAGCUGUGGAGGACCAUGCGCGCUUCGACAGCAGCAGCAGCAGCAGUAGCAGCAGCAGCAGCAGCAGCACAGAGGGAUUCACCCGUUUCAGAAUACGACGGCAGCAGCAGCAAGGAGGGGUUUAUUCAAUUCAGUGCCUACGGCAUCACUCCCCUCUCCAACUUCGACGGCAGCAGCAGCAGGGAGGGACUCACUCAGUUCAGCGCCUACCGCAUCACCCCCCUCUUAGUCUCUCUCUGUGCUAUACCUGUGAUGUGCAUGCUACCAUACUCUGCUCUGCGCUAUACCUGUGAUGUGCAUGCUACCAUACUCUGCUCUGCGCUAUACCUCUUCGACGGCAGCAGCAGCAAGGAGGGCUUCAUCCAGUUCAGCGCGUACCGCAUCACUCCCCUUCGCGUGGUCGCCAUGGGCCUCAUGCCCCUCACACACCAUGACGUCAUCACCGCCCAGCACUGCUGGUGGGAGUCAGCCAAUGGGCAGUGGACAGAUGGCGCCAUCUCAGUGAAGUUCCCGGGGGAGCACCAUGCACGCGCCUACGAGUGUGUGCUUCUGUACUGCGACCUGCAGCGACCCGUCAGCUCCAUGGUGGGCGGCACACUCAAGAUGGCGGUGGAUCAGCAGGACCUGGUCGUCUACAAGGAGAGCCCCGGCACGCCCAAGCCUCCGCCGGAGGUUCGGGAGGACGUGCGGGUGUUUGAGCGCAACCUGACGUACUGCUCCGCGCCCAUGUUUGGGGCGAUUGACACGCAGCGGCUGCUGGAGUGGAUCGAGUUUCAUAGAUCGGUUCACGGUGUUGAUUACCUGCGCAUGUACGAUGCAGGGGCCAUGGAUGAUGACGUCAUGGCAGCUCUAAGGCCGUACCUGAGGGCGGGCAUCAUGGAUAUCACCGACAUCAGAGGGGCAGCACUCUAUGACACAUGGAGCUAUGCGCAGGUCUCGACAACUCACCCGGUAACUUCCGUCGCCCUUUCUCUCCCUCACCCUCUCCCUCACCCUCUCUUUCACCCUCUCUCUCACCCUCUCUCUCACCCUCUCCCUCACCCUCUCUCUCACCCUCUCUCUCACCCUCUCUCUCACCCUCUCUCUCGCCCUCUCUCACCCCCUCCCUCAUCCCCCCUCGCAUCCUCUCUGUCUAGCGUCCCACCGAUCCAUCGCUACGGAUUCUCAUCAUGUACUUGGACGAGUAUUCACCCAUUCAUGUGUCUCGCAUGUGUCUCGCAUGUGUCUCGCAUGUGUCUCGCAUGUGUCUCGCAUGUGUCUCGCAUGUGUCUCGCAUGUGUCUCGCAUGUGUCUCGCAUGUGUCUCGCAUGUGUCUCGCAUGUGUCUCGCAUGUGUCUCGCAUGUGUCUCGCAUGUGUCUCGCAUGUGUCUCGCAUGUGUCUCGCAUGUGUCUCGCAUGUGUCUCGCAUGUGUCUCGCAUGUGUCUCGCAUGUGUCUCGCAUGUGUCUCGCAUGUGUCUCGCAUGUGUCUCGCAUGUGUCUCGCAUGUGUCUCGCAUGUGUCUCGCAUGUGUCUCGCAUGUGUCUCGCAUGUGUCUCGCAUGUGUCUCGCAUGUGUCUCGCAUGGCAUGUGUCUCGCAUGUCUCUCGCAUGUGUCUCGCAUGUUCUCGCAUGUGUCUCGCAUGUGUCUCGCAUGUGUCUCGCAUGUGUCUCGCAUGUGUCUCGCAUGUGUCUCGCAUGUGUCUCGCAUGUGUUCGCAUGUUCUCCAUGUGUCUCGGCAUGUGUCUCGCAUGUGUCUCGCAUUGUGUCUCGCAUGUGUCUCGCAUGUGUCUCGCAUUCGCAUGUGUCUCGCAUGUGUCUCGCAUGUGUCUCGCAUGUGUCUCGCAUGUGUCUCGCAUGUGUCUCGCAUGUGUCUCGCAUGUGUCUCGCAUGUGUCUCGCAUGUGUCUCGCAUGUGUCUCGCAUGUGUCUCGCAUGUGUCUCGCAUGUGUCUCGCAUGUGUCUCGCAUGUGUCUCGCAUGUGUCUCGCAUGUGUCUCGCAUGUGUCUCGCAUGUGUCUCGCAUGUGUCUCGCAUGUGUCUCGCAUUUUGUGUCUCGCAUGUGUCUCGCAUGUGUCUCGCAUGUGUCUCGCAUGUGUCCUCGCAUGUGUCUCGCAUGUGUCUCGCAUGUGUCUCGCAUGUGUCUCGCAUGUGUCUCGCAUGUGUCUCGCAUGUGUCUCGCAUGUGUCUCGCAUGUGUCUCGCAUGUGUCUCGCAUGUGUCUCGCAUGUGUCUCGCAUGUGUCUCGCAUGUGUCUCGCAUGUGUCUCGCAUGUGUCUCGCAUGUGUCUCGCAUGUGUCUCGCAUGUGUCUCGCAUGUGUCUCGCAUGUGUCUCGCAUGUGUCUCGCAUGUGUCUCGCAUGUGUCUCGCAUGUGUCUCGCAUGUGUCUCGCAUGUGUCUCGCAUGUGUCUCGCAUGUGUCUCGCAUGUGUCCUCGCAUGUGUCUCGCAUGUGUCUCGCAUGUGUCUCGCAUGUGUCUCGCAUGUGUCUCGCAUGUGUCUCGCAUGUGUCUCGCAUGUGUCUCGCAUGUGUCUCGCAUGUGUCUCGCAUGUGUCCUCGCAUGUGUCUCGCAUGUGUCUCGCAUGUGUCUCGCAUGUGUCUCGCAUGUGUCUCGCAUGUGUCUCGCAUGUGUCUCGCAUGUGUCUCGCAUGUGUCUCGCAUGUGUCUCGCAUGUGUCUCGCAUGUGUCUCGCAUGUGUCUCGCAUGUGUCCUCGCAUGUGUCUCGCAUGUGUCUCGCAUGUGUCUCGCAUGUGUCUCGCAUGUGUCUCGCAUGUGUCUCGCAUGUGUCUCGCAUGUGUCUCGCAUGUGUCUCGCAUGUGUCUCGCAUGUGUCUCGCAUGUGUCUCGCAUGUGUCUCGCUCACACAUAUGGGUGCUAUUCAUGGACGUGCAAGAGUGCAUGCACGUGGUGGGGUCACCACACUCAAGUAUCUGCCAUCCAUGCGCCUACCGUGUGCCUUCCAUAGGCAUCGCAUUCCAUGUCAGCUGGGUGCUCGUGCGUGCCCUCCAUGUCAGCUGGGUGCUCGUCCGUGCCCUCCAUGUCAGCUGGGUGCUCGUCCGUGCCCUCCAUGUCAGCUGGGUGCUCGUCCGUGCCCUCCAUGUCAGCUGGGUGCUCGUCCGUGCCCUCCAUGUCAGCUGGGUGCUCGUCCGUGCCCUCCAUGUCAGCUGGGUGCUCGUCCGUGCCCUCCAUGUCAGCUGGGUGCUCGUCCGUGCCCUCCAUGUCAGCUGGGUGCUCGUCCGUGCCCUCCAUGUCAGCUGGGUGCUCGUCCGUGCCCUCCAUGUCAGCUGGGUGCUCGUCCGUGCCCUCCAUGUCAGCUGGGUGCUCGUCCGUGCCCUCCAUGUCAGCUGGGUGCUCGUCCGUGCCCUCCAUGUCAGCUGGGUGCUCGUCCGUGCCCUCUAUGUCCCCCCACCCAUCAGGUGGGUGCUAUUCAUGGGCGUGGGCGAGUGCAUGCAAGGGGUGGAGCUCCCGUCCAUGUGUGUGCUAUGUGUCCCAUCCAUGCCUAUUUCGCCCCUCCCUCCUCCCCCAUCAGGUGGGUGCUAUUCAUGGGCGUGGACGAGUGCAUUCACGUGGUGGAGCCAUGUCAGUCUCCUCCUAUCCAUGUGUGUGCUACGAGUGCCAUACAUACCAUAUACCCCCUCCCUCACAGGUGGGUGCUAUUCAUGGACGUGGACGAGUACAUUCACGUGGUGGAGCCGCCUCACUCGCUGCUCGUCUUUCUCAACUCAGUGCCCGCCAUUCCCUGGCUCUCCUUCGGAUCCCUCACCUUCCCCCUCGACAUCUGCGGCAAGAUACAGGUGUGUGUAUACUAUACCCUCUGUGUGGCUUUUCUAUACCCCUGCCCGGGUUUAUGCCCCUGCCAACCCCCCUUCCUACACCCCUCUCAACCCCACUCAACUCCUUCCUUUGCACCUGCCAACCCCACUCAACCCCUUCCUCUCCACCUGCCAAGGCACUACCGCAUUCAACCUUCCUCUGCACCUGUCAACCCCACUCAACCCCUUCCUCUGCACCUGCCAAGGCACUACCGCAUUCAACCCUUCCUCUGCACCUGCCAACCCCACUCAACCCCUUCCUCUGCACCUGCCAAGGCACUACCGCAUUCAACCCUUUCGUAA